AUGACUGACAGCAUGUCAUCCCACACCCAAGUCUCCUCCACCGCCACUUCCCCCACGAAGCUCUGCUCCCGUACUUACAAGACAGCUUCCCAGCUGUUCUUAACACGACGUCUGCCGGAGUCUCUUGCAAAUCUCCGGCCUAUUCUAACGGUUCCAACCCCUGAAGACUCGCAAACCAAUGGCGACCACUCCGCUGCGGUCGCGCCGAUCGCGAACGCCUCUAGCACGUGGAGGAUCAAGGUGUGGAACUUCUACAUUACACUCCUGAGCGCGAUCGUAGAACUUGGCCCAGAAGAAGGCAAGAAUCAAUUCGGACAGAAAGAAUGGAAGCAAAUGGCAACACAAGUCCGCGAGGGCGGAAUCUGGGAGGACGUGGUACAAAUUGGAUACCGAGGCCGGGAGGGCUCCGUGGACGCCGAGGUAGUCUACGUUCUUGCGACAUUAAUCUUGAAUCACUCAUCCUCGCAAUCGCUCAACCAACAACGACUUGAAACCUACCUGUCAUCCUACGGACAACCCAAUCUAGACCUAGCAGACCGACUACAGAAUGCGUCCGGCGACUUCCAGCAACAACGAAUUUCCGCGACUAGUGGAGCAGAUACACCGAAAGACCUGGCGGCUCGAGUACGAAUUAUUGAAUUAUUCACAUUACACGUCCUUCCCCGCAAUGAGGAAUGGGAAUACGCUCAUGAGUUCAUCAAUCUAAGCGAGGUCCUAGAUGAAGAACGCAAAGAACUUUUUCUACAAACUUUGGAGGGCUUGAAGGAAGAGAAAGAGCGAGGCGAAUUGCGCGCUGCGGAGUUGCAGCGUGCCAAAGACGCCGAGCUCGAGCGACAACGGGAUGAAGAGCGCCAGAGAGCCGAGGAGGAGGCAUCUGCUGCUGCCCACCAACAACAACCGAAUGGCCACAAGCGGAAUACCAGCGAGGUGGACUAUGGCAUUGAGAAAGGCAGCCCGCGCAGUGGUUCCAAGGGUAAAGCAUCCAGAUCGGCAGACAAGUCGCCUAAUGGAAAAGCAACACCACGCACGGCUCUAUCAUCAUCAAGCUCUAAGAAUUCUAAGAAACCCGUUAAGCCAGAGCCUCGGACUAGCCAGGCACGGGCAGUGGCUCUGGGCAUCCGCAAUUUGUUCAAGAAUUUGAUCCUGAACAUCUCUGGAAACCCCAUGUCAUUAGCUCGCACAUUGCUCUUCCUGCUGGGUAUUCUGAUGGCGUUUAGUCGGCAGGAUAUCCGUGAACGAGUCCGCAGGGUAACGGGCUCUGCAUGGCAGAAAGUGAAAGGCACCGUUGGAAUGGGUGUGAAGGUCAGCUAUAUCUGA